ACUCUUUGUUGAUCCUUAUAUUCCACUAUAAUGAUCUCCGGCUCGAGAGCAGCGGCCCAUAGAUCUGCUCUUCGAAAGGCAACUGGGCUUGAAACGUCUGUUGUCUGUCAGACUCCACUGUUCUAUGUCUCGCGAGAGAACCCGAGCUUGCUUGACGAGAUCUGAGGGGCUCAGGUGUAGGAGCUGUUCUCAUCCCAGCACAAGGAAACAGCAGACAGAUAAGUGCGGGUGAGAGACUGCAGGCAGCUCUGUAUGAUCUUAAGGCUCAAAGCUGCACUGAGCACUACAAGCUAUUGUAGCUUUGCUGGACAAGUUAAGAACAUUUUAUUCUUCUCUGGUGGACUUUUUAUUUAUUUUUUAAAGAGACUGCAAAAAUGAUGUCCAUGAACAGCAAACAACCACAUUUUGCCAUGCAUCCAACCUUACCUGAACCCAAGUAUACCUCUCUGCAUUCCAGCUCUGAGGCAAUAAGGAGAGCCUGUCUGCCAACUCCACAGUUGCAGAGUAAUAUCUUCGCUAGUUUGGAUGAAACUCUCCUUGCCCGCGCGGAAGCUCUCGCAGCAGUGGAUAUCGCAGUGUCUCAGGGCAAGACUCAUCCUUUCAAACCCGACGCUACUUACCACACGAUGAACAGCGUGCCAUGCACCUCAACCUCCACCGUUCCCCUUGCCCAUCACCACCAUCACCACCAUCACCACCACCAUCAAAAUUUAGAACCCCCAGACCUCAUGGACCAUAUCACCUCGCCUUCACUGACCUUGAUGACCAGCGGGCACGACGGUACUGGAGGUGGUGGAGGAGGUGGGGGUGGAAGUUUGAUUUCUACUUCAGCCCAUCCGCACUCACACAUGCACGGUUUGAGCCAUCUUUCUCACCAGGCUGCUAUGAACAUGAAUUCACCUCUCACCCAUCACGGGCUCUUACCUGGUCACCACGGAGGCACUCAAGGUGCUUCAGGACUCACAAAUAACGGACUUCCUUCUAUCAAUGAUUCGGACACAGAUCCUAGGGAGUUAGAAGCUUUUGCAGAGCGAUUCAAGCAAAGGAGAAUCAAGCUGGGAGUGACACAGGCGGACGUUGGAGCGGCCUUGGCUAACCUAAAGAUUCCCGGUGUGGGCUCUCUCAGCCAAAGUACUAUAUGUAGAUUUGAGUCGUUAACGCUGUCACAUAAUAACAUGAUAGCUCUUAAGCCCAUUCUUCAAGCUUGGCUGGAAGAGGCGGAGGGGGCCCAGAGAGAGAAAAUGAGCAAACCUGACAUUUUUAACGGUGGAGAAAAGAAACGCAAGAGGACCUCGAUCGCUGCUCCAGAAAAAAGAUCUCUAGAAGCUUACUUUGCAGUUCAACCUCGUCCAUCGUCAGAGAAGAUAGCGGCUAUUGCAGAAAAAUUGGACCUCAAAAAGAAUGUCGUGCGAGUAUGGUUUUGUAAUCAAAGACAGAAACAAAAAAGACUGAAAUUUUCUGCAACACAUUAGCUGGUUAAAAAGACUUUAUUGAAAGACAUUAUUUGGGGACCAAGGAACAUACAAAUCAACAUCAUAUUCGGUCUUUGCUUCUUUUAUUAAUGGAAGCUUUAAAAAUGAACAUGGUGGGGUGAUGUGGUAAUCACCAAUUUUAUGAGGCUUCAUAAUUUUUCAUUGAUUUUUUCACGUUAUUGGUGAAUGUGAAGUAUGCAAAUAACAGGUAAUUAAGUUCGUCUUCUUUCUCGGUUGAAUAGAGAUAAGAGGAAAAAAAGCUGAUCUACACUAGUUAUUGCCUUUGGAAAAUCAUUGUACAAUGAGAGUUAAUUGGUGUUUAAUUACAUUUAGUUAUCAGUAAUGUCUGCUCAGUCACGUUUAUUUAAAAAGACAAAACAGCCAUUCAAAGGUUACCUCAUUAUUUAUCUUCAAAGGGUGAGUUAUUAUUUUGAAUUUUGACGACAUCUGGGAUGUGCCGUGUUUUACUGAUUUAGAAAUCUAUCGAAUGCUGGCCCCAACUUUUCCUUAUACUCCUGUAAGUUUAAUUACUAAAAAAUUACAAGGUGUCCAAAUGAUUCAAAAGUUUAAAAACAAACUCAGAAAUAUAUAAUUCAGUCUUUAUAAUCUAUAUUUAUUUUCAAAGUCUGCAUGAUUUCUUUAUCAAAAAGAGAUACGUUUAACUUCUUGAUGUGUAAUUAACGUUAAUGGUCACCACUGUUUUAUUUUUAAUUUGCACUGAAACCCACCGUUAUUUUAUAUUAUGUUAAAUAUGUUGAAUAUGUUUUGUAUAUAUAUGACACGUGAUCAGAGCUCAGAAGGUAAAUCCCAUUUUGUUUCAAAUUUGAAAUAUAUUUAAGGUAUUGGCUUUUAAUGAAAAUUUAUUUAUCCUAAAUAUAGCUCUUAGAAAAUAAAUCUCGCAUGAAUUAAAGAAGGUAUACUUGUAUACAAAGCGAUUCUGGUAAAAACUGAAAUAUUUUCUUGUAUAUUAUGGUUUGCAGUGCAAACAUUCUAUGCAUUGAAAGAAUUAAGCACUAAAUAGACUACUGGUAGACCUUUGUGGAUGGUGUAAUUCACUGUUUACUGCCUGUUUUCACAUAAAAACACAACGUUAUUUGUCGUGUUGAUUGUUAAAAAGCUGUGUAAGUAACAUUUUAUUUUGUGCACAAGUAUGUUUACAAACUGCGGCCACAUGUGCAUCAUGAAAUGUCUCACUGUUCCAUAACUGUCCACUGUAUGUUUGCUGAGCUUUCUCCUUCGUUGUGUUUUCUUAUUUUUAUUUAUAUUAAAUUAUUUCUGUAAGCCAAAUACAACAACAGGGAGAUGUGUCCCAGCACUCUUAAAAAUAAAU